AGCCAGUUACUAUUUUUCUGGCUAAAAUUAGGAUUAGCCGCACCGCAGAGAAACCUCGACCUCAUCUAGGAGAAUGGCAGAAAGGAAACUUCCUAAGGAAGACGAUGAAGGAUCAUUACUAUCAAAACUGGGGACAAACAGCCCAAAACCCAGAGUUAAGUUUGGCGGCAUGUUCUGUAACGUGGAAGGAGCUUUUGAAAAUAAAACUCUCAACUUUGAUUCGUUCAACGUAGGGAAAAAAGGUAUUAAGAACCUUAAAGAAGAAAGACACAUUUCAUCAGUCCAGUCGGACACCGUAAGUGAGCUAGGCAGUGAAGUGAGCGAUUUUUCCAGCUUCACAGGGACCCCUUGUAGUGCCGAAGCAUCAAACAGCCCCUUGGGACGAGGGCUCAUUUCAGACGGCAAUAACACUGUAGACAAUGGAGAGUUACAGAGUGAUCGCCUCAUCGUUAAAGGGGGAAAGAUUGUCAAUGAUGACCAGUCAUUUUAUGCUGACGUAUAUGUAGAAGAUGGGAUCAUAAAGCAAAUAGGGGAGAAUCUCAUUGUGCCUGGAGGUGUGAAGACAAUUGAUGCCUACGGUAACAUCAUUAUUCCAGGUGGAAUAGAUGUCAACACCUGUCUCAAUGCACAUUAUCUGGGCAUGGCCCCAGCCGAUGACUUUUUCCAUGGAACAAAGGCUGCACUGGCAGGAGGAACCACCAUGAUCAUUGACCAUGUCAUUCCUGAGCCUGGAUCAAGCCUUCUGGCUGCCUAUGAACAGUGGCAAGAGCUUGCAGACAAAAAAUCAUGCUGUGAUUAUUCUUUUCACGUGGAUAUCACACGCUGGCAUGAAAGCCUUAAGGAAGAACUUGAAGCAUUGGUCAAGGAUAAAGGAGUUAAUUCUUUUUUGGUCUUCAUGGCUUACAAGGACAAAUACCAGUGCUCUGAUUCCCAGAUGUAUGAGAUAUUGAGCAUCAUUCGAGACCUGGGAGCCAUUGCUCAAGUGCAUGCAGAAAAUGGAGACAUUAUCGAGGAGGAACAGAAAAUAUUGCUAGAGCUUGGAAUUACAGGUCCUGAAGGACAUGUUCUGAGUCACCCUGAGGAGGUCGAGACAGAAGCAGUGUACCGUGCAAUAACCAUAGCCAAACAGGCCAACUGUCCGCUGUAUGUCACAAAAGUCAUGAGCAAAGGUGCAGCAGAUGUCAUUGCCCAGGCCAGAAGAAAAGGCACAGUGGUAUAUGGGGAACCAAUCACAGCCAGUCUCGGCACUGAUGGCUCUCACUAUUGGAGUAAAAACUGGGUGAAAGCAGCAGGCUUUGUCAUGUCUCCUCCUCUGAGCCCUGAUCCCAGCACUCCAGACUACCUCAAUUCACUGCUCUCCUGUGGGGACCUGCAAGUAACUGGAAGUGCUCACUGUACAUUUACAACAGCCCAGAAAGCAGUAGGAAAAGAUAACUUCACACUCAUACCUGAGGGGACCAAUGGGAUUGAAGAACGGAUGUCAGUCAUUUGGGAAAAGGCUGUGGCUGCAGGGAAGAUGGAUGAGAAUGAGUUUGUUGCAGUUACCAGUACAAAUGCCGCAAAGAUUUUUAACCUUUACCCCCGGAAAGGCAGAAUAGCUGUUGGCUCAGAUGCUGAUAUGGUCAUCUGGAACCCCAAGGAAACCAAAAUCAUCUCUGCUAAGUUGCAUAACUUGACUGUUGAAUAUAAUAUCUUUGAAGGAAUGGAGUGCCGCGGAGCUCCUGUGGUAGUAAUAAGCCAGGGGAAAAUUGUAUUGGAAGCUGGGAAGCUGAACGUUGCAGAAGGAUCUGGUCGCUUUAUCCCCCGAAAGACAUUCCCAGAUUAUGUUUACAAAAAGAUAAAAGCCAGGAGCAGGUUGGCAGAUAUCCGUGGCGUUCCAAGAGGGCUUUAUGAUGGUCCAGUCCACGAUAUCACCGCAGCAACAAAAACAGUACCACCCACUCCUACUUCCAGGGGUACAGCAUGCCCAGGGAAACCUCAGAUGGUACCCGCUCGUAACCUGCACCAGUCAGGAUUCACUUUAUCUGGAACUCAGAUGGACGACGAUAUUCCUAGGCGCACUGCGCAGAGGAUUGUUGCUCCCCCUGGUGGCCGAUCUAAUAUAACGUCACUUUCAUGAUCUUUCUUUUCAUGCAUGCCUUUUGCACUUGGAUUAAAAUGGAUUAAAAGUGUUAUUGAUACACACUGCCAAUAAUAUUGUGUUGGAACAGCAAAAAGGAGUUACCCACUGCUCUGUUGCUCCAUGAUGCUAUCAUACAAACUGCCAAUACUUAUAGCAAAACAUUUUAUGUUGACAUAUACUGUACAGUGUAUUCCUAAAUUGUGUGUGGAUAAUGUUUUACUCCUGAAAAAUGCAUUUUCUCAUUUGGAUAUCCACAGCAUGCACAUAGAACAGAUCAUUCAUAGUCUGAUGAAGACUAACUUAGCUUUGCUAUUCCUCAGAGACAUAAUCAGACUUCAUUUUGAAUUUAUGAAUUAGUUUCUGUGCUUCAUUAUACUGUAGUUGUAAAUGCUACAACCAUAAAUACACUCUGCUUCUUUUUGAGCGAAGGUGUAAUUAAAUGAAGGUCAGUUUCAGUGUUAUCAUUUGAAAAUCAAUUUAGUGUUCCUCUUAAUAUGAUGCUAUUAUUCUGUAUUUGUUACCUGCCAUUAUGUUGGCAUGAUUGGAUCUGGAUUUAAAACUUUGGUCUUAAUUUGGUGUUUUCUUGGUACAUAUUAAAGAAAUUUCUGAAACUUUUAGGAUAGAUUUUGAGAGGGCUUCCAUCAUGUUUGUGUAUUUCCUAUAGCAACACGGUUGAAAUCCUAACAAGGAAAACAAAGUAUUAAACCUAGGAGCUCCUGUGCUCACUUGUUUCUAAAAUCUUACUUCCACUGGAAGUAUUGUUCAUGUGUCACUGGGAUCUCUUGGACUCCUAGACUUCAGUUGCUUUUCACUGUGUUUCAGUACUCAUUUCCAUAUUCAUUCCCCUUCGUAGUGUGGAUUUAAUAUUUUUGUAUUUUUUUAAAGAUGAAAAACCUUUUUAAGCUGGUGCUGUAAAACCAUAUACUGUAAAGCAUGGCAAUGUAAUGCUGUCAUGUGCUGGAAAAUGGUUUUGAAAGUCACUUUUUAAACCUGAUUUAAAUUUUCAAUUGUCCAUGUUAUAUUGUUCUUCUACCUUUGUAAACCUGCUGUUUGUACUUUUUAUCUUCAUACUAAAAUGAGAAUUUGUAAAACCAAAAUACUUGAAUUUUCUGUUAUUAUUUUUUUCCUAAAACAAUGCUUUAUGUUUCAGUUAGUUUUUCUUGAACUGUAAUCCACAGUUAGCUGUGCUCAUUCAAAGGAAAUGUGUCCUACCCAUUGGUCUCUUCUUACCUUUCUUGUCUUUCUGUCUAUCAGUAAUGGACUCAAAAUAUGCAUGUUAAAAUAAACGUUGUUUUGUCUUGAAUAAGGUUUGUGAAAUAAAUGUCCUUGAAUGAU